AUGUUAGGAAGCAUCAACACCAUUCAGUUUUGCCGCUCCAAUUGAAAUCCAGCCAGUGUUUGGCAUUUUAUUCCUUGUGAUUCCCUCAAACGUCAUCUCCAAUUGAUGCUUCUGCCAUUUUACCAAUCAGAAUCACCAGUACUACCAUAGCUGCGGUCCCCAAGGACUUUUCGUGUGAAUUUUAACAGCCUCUCCUGUCCCAUCUCCAUUACAGACCUAAAUUAUUCUAUAUUUAACACAAUUUUACUUUUAUCAAUCAUGCAACCCUUCCUCCCCUGCCCCGGGCUCCAUUAAUUGACUUUGGCAUUUUGGUCCUUUCUUGUUAAGCCCAUUUUAUAAACCACACAAAUAAUAGAUUCUCCCACUCCACUCAUGUUAUAAUUGAUAUUCUCUGCGGAGUCAUUGAACGAGAGGGAGAAGACCUUUGGCAGUGGAUCUGGUCGAUUAAUAAGGUUCAUACCUAGCAUCUGGAUGUGGGUAUGCUGCAAAGAGCAUCUUCUUAAAUAUCUGAGGGGGAAGUGGGUCCAGAUCCACCAUAUAUAAUUGAUUGGUGUGUUGACCGAGAUGCUACAGUUGGGGCAUGCCGAGGCUUUAAUGUGGGUGCAGAUUUCCCGAAUUGAUUGCGUCUUUUUAAUAAAUUUGUUUUCCAGAGGCAAACUAGUUUUGUAGGACUAGUUCUGCAGAGAAGAAUCCGGGCUUCAAAUGGGUUAUGAUCAAAUGCAUGAUGAUGGGCAUUAUAGAUCCUUUGGGAAUAGCAAGAGCUCGGAUGUUGAGGCAGCAGAGAUUCGCGAAGGCGGAGGGAAAGACGAGACAGUUGCAGAUUCUGGGAUGGAAUUGAGUGUAGAAGGGAUCUUCGAGAGCAGGAAGGUGCCCCCAUGGAGGGAGCAAAUCACUUUGAGAGGACUUUUGGUGGCCAUGCUGAUAGGAAUUAUGUUCAGCAUCGUAGUUAUGAAGCUCAAUCUCACCACCGGACUGGUUCCUACAAUGAAUGUUUCGGCUGGACUGCUGGCCUUUGUUCUCAUGAAAGCAUUGGCUAAAGUAAUGGAGAAAAUUGGGUCAUCCAAAGUUCCCUUCACUAGACAGGAAAACACUGUCAUCCAGACAUGCGUUGUUGCUUGUUAUAGCACUGCAUAUGGUGGAGGAUUUGGAUCUUAUUUGCUGGGCAUGAAUGGAAGGACUUACGAACAGGCAGGAAUUCAUACAGAAGGAAAUACUCCAGAUACUGUUAAGGAGCCUGCUCUCGGCUGGAUGAUUGGGUUUCUUUUGGUUGUUACAUUCAUUGGCAUUUUAGCUUUGGUGCCUCUGAGGAAGGUAUUAAUCAUUGACCAUAAGUUAACUUAUCCAAGUGGUACAGCAACAGCGGUUCUCAUCAAUGGUUUCCACACACCACAUGGUGCUAAAUUAGUGAGGAAGCAGGUUACAUGCUUUGGAAAGUACUUCACUUUAAGCUUCCUUUGGGGAUUUUUCCAAUGGUUCUUCAGUGGUGGAGAUAAUUGCGGUUUUGCAAGUUUCCCCGUUUUUGGAUUGAAAGCCUGGAAGCAAAGUUUCUACUUCGAUUUCAGUACGACAUAUGUGGGAGCAGGGAUGAUCUGCCCACACAUCGUCAAUGUUUCCCUGCUUAUAGGAGCUGUUGCUUCCUGGGGAAUUAUGUGGCCUCUGAUCAGGAAUCAGAAAGGAAAUUGGUACCCUGAAGAUCUUCCUGAAAGCAGCAUGAAAAGCCUUAACGGUUACAAGGUAUUUGUGUGCAUUGCCCUCAUUCUAGGAGAUGGCCUCUACAAUUUCCUUAAGAUCAUGUGCAUUACCCUCAGCACCAUGUAUAUACAGCGGUCGAAAAGGGCAGAUAUCUUAGCAGGAAGCAAAACUUACACAGAGAAUGAUCAAAAUGAUGCCAUUACAUAUGACGAGAAGCGGCGCAAGGAAAUGUUCCUGAAGGAUCCAAUACCGAUUUGGGUGGCUGUAUCUGGCUACGUUGUCCUGGCCGCAAUAUCCAUUGGGGUCAUUCCUCAAAUGUUUCCUCAAAUGAAAUGGUACUACGUGUUCAUUGCUUAUGUUUUCGCCCCUGCUCUGGCAUUCUGUAAUGCAUAUGGAGCAGGGCUGACAGAUCAGAACUUGGCAUAUAAUUAUGGCAAGGUUGCUCUGUUCGUUUUCGCAGCAUGGGCGGGGAAGAAUCAUGGAGGCGUUAUGGUGGGCUUAGCUGCCUGUGGAAUCAUCAAGUCUAUUCUCUCCACAGCUUCAGAUCUAAUGCACGACUUCAAAACAGGUUAUCUCACUCUUUCAUCUCCAAGGUCCAUGUUUGCAAGCCAGUUGAUCGGAACUGUAAUGGGAUGCGUUGUGGGUCCGCUAGUUUUCUGGCUAUUCUACAACGCAUUCGAUGUGGGGAACCCUGAUGGAGGAUACAAAGCUCCCUAUGCUCUCAUUUACAGAAACAUGGCCAUUUUAGGGGUGGAAGGUUUCUCUGCACUUCCAAAGCAUUGUUUACAAAUCUGUUGCGGUGCCUUUGCUUUGGCAUUUAUGAUCAAUGCUGUUCGAGAUCGGGUGCGAAAGAGCGUUUCUCAGUACAUUCCUCUGCCGAUGGCUAUGGCCGUUCCAUUCCUUGUGGGGGCCUACUUCGCCAUUGAUAUGUGUGUGGGAACAGUGAUUGUAUAUGCAUGGCAACGCCUGAAUCGUAAAAAGGCGGACAUGCUUGUCCCUGCCAUGGCAUCUGGACUUAUAUGUGGCGACGGUCUGUGGCUUUUCCCUUCCUCUAUUUUAGCUCUCACCAAAGUGAAGCCUCCAAUGUGUAUGAAUUUUUUGUCCACCCCCAUUGCCUAAACAAAGAUGGUACAGUUUUCUGGGAUAAUCUCAGAGGGUUGCCUUUAUACAGAAUAUAGGAUUUGCUAGGUAUUCUGACUUC